CAUCCACUCAACAAAAACUACACACUCUUGUUGUUGGCUGUCAGAGAAGAAGAAACAUGGGAAAACAGAAGGUGUACUUAGAGAAACUGGCCCAGUUCUUCCAGAUCCGCAACCUGCUGCUUCGCCAGGCACUGGCAGAAUGUCUCGGCACCCUCAUCCUCGUGAUGUUUGGCUGUGGCGCACUCGCACAGCUCAUAUUGAGCAGCGGCAGUCACGGCAUGUUUCUCACUGUCAACUUUGCUUUUGGAUUCGCAGCCACCUUAGGCAUCCUGGUGUGUGGCCAAAUAUCAGGUGGACAUCUAAAUCCUGCAGUAACUUUUGCCCUGUGCCUGCUUGGGAGAGAGCGUUGGCGAAAGUUCCCCAUGUAUUUUGCCUUCCAGACACUGGGUGCUUAUCUAGGCGCUGCCAUCAUUUUUGGCAUGUACUACGAUGCCUUGUGGGACCUUCCUGGGAGUUUUGAAAUAACAGGACCGAACGCCACAGCUGGCAUCUUUGCUACCUACCCGGGAAAUCAUCUGACAAUUGUCAAUGGCUUCUUUGAUCAGCUCAUUGGCACAGCAGCACUGAUUGUGUGCAUUCUAGCUAUUGUGGAUCCGUACAACAACCCCAUCCCCCCGGGCCUGGAGGCCUUCACUGUGGGAUUUGUGGUGUUGGUAAUUGGACUGUCUAUGGGGUUCAACUCUGGCUAUGCUGUCAAUCCUGCCAGGGACCUGGGCCCACGUCUUUUCACUGCUAUGGCUGGCUGGGGCAGCGAGGUUUUCACUGCUAGGCACUGCUGGUUUCUGGUGCCCAUUUUUGCCCCUUUUCUCGGAAGCCUCAUCGGUGUGAUGAUCUACCAAGUGUUGGUUGGCUGGCAUGUGGAGGGAGAGGUACGUGACCGUGAGAGGCAGCAGCUGAAGAAGGAGAGAAUCCGACUCACAGAUGUGACCACCAACGACAACUCCAACGGGGCCAGCAAAGACAAUCACUGACACCCUGACAGACAGUGAGAACACGGACACACCAGAAUUUCAUCCCUCCAGCCACAUUUGGAUUUUCUAAACCUCCUUUAUAGCUGUUGGGAUUUGUCCCAAGGUAACUGAGUAUUUGUCAAAGCAGGCCCCAUUCUUUCUGUCAUUAUGACAUUGUAUUAUAUUGUAGAGGAAUGAGUGUGUAAAGGAAACUUCAAAAACACAGAAUUACAUUAAUUCUUUUAAGAAAUGAAAAUUAGGAUUGUAGUGUCUUUAGCACUCCUGUUUGAUCAGUAUUGUGUACUUUAUGCCAAUGUUGUAACUCGUUUUUAAAAAAAUAUUGCUUCAUACAUUUAUAUACAGUAGAGUAGAUGAAUUUAUGUGUUUUCAAACUGUAAAAAGUAACUAAUAAUGUAACUUUUCAGUUACUGUGGCAACACUGCCCACAAAUUAGUCACUCUUUGAAAAAUGCUCACAAUGCUCAAUGAAGCAUUUACUUCACAAGAUGUUCUGUCAUUUGCAAUUGUUGACAUACUAAAUUAAACAAUUACUUUCAAAAAUAAGUCACUUGUAUCAAAGGUUUGAAACAAUAAAUUAAAUUACAGUUUUAGAAAGAAACCAAAUAAAGCAGUAAUUUACAAAAAAAAAAAAAAAAGUUUUAAAAUACCAAAUGAAACCAUAUCUUUGAAAGAAUAGUAAUUGUUUUGAAAUUAUUGAAACUCUCAAUGAAACUAUAGUACAUUAACAAAUUAAUAGAAUGCUGUUAUUCUGUUAAUGUAGGACUGUACAUACCGUUAAUGCUGUGCUUUAAAAAGAUGUUCUUGUAUUUGCUGUUCCUGUACUUUGUUUUUGGGUGCUAAACUUUACUGUGAGAUCUUUUGUACUUUCUUUGUAGGUUGAGGGGAAAAGCUUUUGUACUGACACAAUAAAGUUCCCUUUUAAAAGUUGCAUAAAUAUGA